AUGCCUAAAGCUACAAAGAAGAGUAUCAAGAAAGAGCUAGAAGUUCCUGAUGUCGUAAUCAAGGAUAAAAAAGGUCGUUCAACCUCCUGCUAUCUGUGCCAAAGAAGGAAACAAAAGUGUGAUCAUCGUUUGCCCGCUUGUACUGCUUGUCUCAAGGCCAAAGUGAAAUGUAUCCAGCCCGCAAAAUACGGUGGCAAAUGUCCGGAGAAAGAUGAAUACACCGUAUGGUUGGAGAAGCGGCUGCAGUUUCUGGAGUCCGUGGUUGACGCUAACGACUCUAUAAAACGAACCGUUAUUCCAACUGGCCCUUGGACUCAGUCCUCUAGUUUAGUCCCUAUUAAUGGGAGUAAUAACGCUGAAAAUGGCGUAAGUAAUGGAAUCGCAGCAGGUAUAACUGCCGCCUCUGUAGGAAAUACCACGUCUGAGUUCCAAUUACCUCUGCCUACCACGUCUGCAAUGUCAGCCCUAUCGUCCAAGGUAGAUAGAAAUCAUCUGAAAAUUCUAAACUUGGAUUCGUUUGAGAAUCAGUCUGAGGCGGAUUUUAUUAAGAGAUAUAAUUUACAAGAGUUUUUGAAGCAUGAUCCUGUUUUUCAAAUAGAUGAGCACAUUUCCAGACAACUUUUUGAUAUUUUUUUCACCCUGCUCCAGUAUAAAUUCCCUAUUUUGGACGAAACAGAGGUUUUUGAGUUCCACAACGCUUAUUUUUCUAACAAUUUGAAGGGUUAUAUGAACAAUAUUAGCUAUUUUUACUUUUGCCUCGCAAGAAUGUUCCUCGUGUGUGCCAUUUCUGCCCUUUUGCAUAAAACGACUGGAAGGUAUCAUGGUACCAGGCCUGCAUCGUUUUUCUCCGCUGCAUUGAAAUACGCAGCAAAAUGCCAAAAGAGUAUCUCAAAGCUUCAUAGAGUGGAGCUAUUGAUUCUCCUCGUGUUUUACUUAAUUAGAACAGAUAAAGACUCGACGGGAUUAUUCGAUGUCAUUAGGGAUGCGAUGAGUGUCUGUAUGGAGUUGAAAUUGCAUAAGAAAGAAUCAUAUGUUGGCAUCCCAAUCAACGUGAAAGACAGACAGCUCAGAUGUUUUUGGUCGGCGUACCUGCUCGAGAAAGUCAUCACUCUAUCUUUGUCCAAACCGUACGUCCUGAAUGAAUCAGAAAUGGAUUCUGACAUUCCCAUGUUUGACGAUUCUCUUUCUAAAGGGAACAAUUUCCUUAACCAAUUCAUCAAGAUCCGAAGGUUGGAGGCCAGAUUUGUAGAGCAGCUAGACAUCAUUAAUACCAAGAGCUCCCCGAAAUCAACCCAAUUGGCAAAAGUCGAACAGUAUUUUCAAGAACUGCAACAAUGGAGACGUGAAUGUCAAGGAUUUUCUAAAGGAAUAGAAAACGAAACAUUACAGUCGUACUACUACCGAUCAGUAAGAACAUUAAUUCAACCUUUUUUGGAACUCUUGGAUCCAGAAGACAGGCUCUUCCAGGAAUGUCAGGCAGCUGCUGCACAGAUUUGUCAGUCGUUCAAGACAUAUCACCAAAAGACUGUUAGUGGUCAUUCUACUAUUCAUGUCCAUACAACAUUUAUCGCAGGGGUAACUUUGAUUUACUGUUUAUGGCUUGCCCGAAACACAGACGACAUGAGACGAAAGCUACUCGGAGAUGACUCCAAGCAUACAAGACCGACUAUAUCGGCAGCGUUGUUUCAACAUAUGGAUGAUCUUCGUGCUUGUUCUAUUUCAUUAUAUGUUAUGGCCGAAAGAACAAAAUUUGCCUUAAGUUUUAGGGAUACCUUUGAGGAAAUCAUGGCUGCGACUAUCGGCAACCUGAAGAUUAGAUGUGGUCCUGAUUCUUCAGAGAUUAUCUACAAUAAAGAACCAGGAAUGCCACCAGCAGUUGUGCGAAAACCUCCAAAGCAUUAUACGUCUACUACCGAACUUGAUAUCAAAGCUACUGACGCCGAAGAGCUAGAAGAAAAAGCCAGGAAAGAAAAGAGAGGGCAAUUGCAACGAAAUGCAAUUCCCAAGGGUCUGUCUCAUCUUUUGGUAGAUCCAGUUCCCAUGAAAUCUCAAAAUUCCAGCGGUAAGUCUUCCAAUUCGCUUUUGAACAAUAACAUCGAUAAUAACCACGCUGGCACCAACGGAAGUUCCACCUUUUUGGCUGGAAGUUCUAGCAACAACGGUAAUACAAAUGUAGUUGUCGACAAUUCAAUUAAUGGCUCAUCUUUCCUAUCACUUCCACAAACGGAAUUCACUCCCUUUGUUGGUCGUACGAACACAAUGAUUAGCAAUAUUUCAGUGUGGACUGGAGAAAGUGGUCAGUUUGUCCCAAAUUCGAUGAACCAAUCAUUAACUCAGCAAGGCCUAUCCAAUGAUUUUACGAAGACCUCCAGCUUCACUCAUAACACUACCAACAAUAACGGCACCACUAAUAGCAACGUUGACUUUCUACAAUCUUGGGGCAACGUCCGCAUGGACGAAUUAUUCAAUGUUAAUGAAUUUGUUCCCUAA